AAACUGAAACUUUUUAUAAGAAAAAAAAUGUCAAAAAAAAAAAAAAUUCUCUUCUCUCCUUCCCUCUCUUUAGCUCAAUUAAAGAUAUGUUGACCUCUUUCAUUCUUUUUCCUUCUGAAAAUCAAAUCUAACUUUCUCUCUCUCUCUCUCUUUUUAUUUUCUUCCGAAAGUCUCUAAAAUCACUCCUCAGUUUUCAAAAGAGUUGGGUGAUCCGUGAUCGUAAAGUUUGUUGUAAUAAUAACUUGCAAUGUCUGAGGAGAAUAUUUCACAAGUUGAUGACAAGUGUUGUUUGGAUGAUGCAAACCCCAUGGAGAUCCCUCUUGUUAUAGACGAGCAAGUUCAAGGAGAUGAUGUUCUGCUUCCAGCUGCAGAGACCAAUCAUCAUGUGAAUUUGAUACGGUAUUCGACUGGAGCUCUUGAUAAACCAGCAGGCAAACCUCAGGUUCAAACCCGUUACCGUGGGAGUGGGAACCAAAUGAGCUCGACUCAUGACCUAUGUAAACAUGGGAAGAGGCGUGAGGAGGAUUUGGUUAUCAAGCCAUGGAAGUUGGUUAAGAAAAAGAAUGUUGCAAGUGGUGAUUUGGUGAAAGGUGAGACUUUCAGGAAGUCGUUGGGAAAUGUCUCUAAACCGGACAAGUCACCAUUGCGGGUUGUAAAGAAAGAAGCUGCUUGUGAGGUUGCCAAAUCUUGUGAUGGUUUACGCGUUAAGAAGAGUGAAACCAACAGUACUACUAGUCCGAGUGCCUCAGCUGUUGUAAGAAUGGUCAAGAAGACUACUAAUCUUGAUGUUAAGAAGGUUUCAAAGAUCAGCGAGAACAAGAGUUCUAAAGUGGAUCUUUCGAAGAACUUGAAGAACAAAGAGAAGACAGAGAUUGAUGAUUCAUUGAAGCAAUGUGAUGAUUCAAUGGAGAAAACAAAUGUUGAUGUUAAUAAAGUUUCAAUGAUUAGCGAGGUAAAGAGUUCUAAAGAGGAUCUUUUGAAGAAUCUGAAGAACAAAGAGAAGAUUGAUGAACCGGUUGGAUGUGAUGAUGUAAUGAAGAAGACAAACCCUGAUGUGAAGAAGGUUUCAAGGAUCAGCGUGAUCAAGAAUUCUAAAGAGGAUCUUUUGAAGAAUCUGAAGAACAAAGAGAAGAUGAAGAUUGAUGAACCAGUUAGAUCUGAUGAUGCAUUGGAGAAGACAUUGUAUGUUGUUGAAUCUAGUAUUGAGAAGAGGAAGAAGAAGAGCAUCACAAGUGUUAAGAGUGAAACUCAGCAAUCUUCUGAGAAGAAGUUCUUACGAAGCAGCGGAGAGAAAAGUCUUAGCUUAUCACCGUCUUUGUCCCCAUCCUCGGAGGAAGUUAAGAAAUCACCGGUCACGAGAUCAGAUCCUAGGCCAAUAAGGCAGACUACUUCCAGGUCCAAGACUGGAUUGUCUGUGAAGAAAGAAACUGGUUCUGCAAAUCUUGCUACUAAUCCAAAAAACGAAAGCAAGAUUAUUAGGCCGACGAGGAUUGGUUUAAUAAAGGUUACUCCUCCUGCUGCAACGAAGCAGCUGACGAGUUUCAAGAAAGGGAAAGUUCUUGAACCAAAAACAGAAGAUUCCACUGCUACAUCGAUCAAGUUCAAAAAGAGAGUUGUUCAAGAACCAAAGCUCAGAAGUGAUGUGAACAGGAAGAAGAAGAACCUGAAAGACAAAAGAGAAGGUAUUGGGAAGAUUAACGGCGAAGGUAAACGAGAGAAGGUUGUAUUGAGGCAUAGAAAAGUGGAAGUGAAGAAGAAGUUGCAAACACUUUUCAAUAAUGUGAUUGAAGAGACUGUGAAUAAGCUUGAAGAAGUGAGGAAGAGUAAGGUUAAAGCACUGGUUGGUGCUUUUGAAACUGUAAUCUCUCUUCAAGAUAACAAUAGAACAUCUCAGAAGAAGAAGACUCAGAGCAAACCCACAUCUUCUUCACAAGCUGUUGAAGGCUUUUAGUCCCCUUGAGCUUUAAAAAAUUCAAUACUAUUUGAGUAAAAAAAAAAACAUAAAAGUUGUGAAUUUGUGAUACCGAUGGUUCUUUUUUUGGUUCAUGAAUCUUGUAAUGUAAAAUUUUCAAAGAAAUCAUAUAUUUUCCAAUAAGAAAUAUGUUUCUUGUA